CGGGGAGCGGCCCCGCUGGGUCCGGGGCGGAGGUGUUGGGGAACCACAGUGCCCUGCAGGGAGCACCCUGCCAAGACUUUGGGCAGAGACCUCCUUGCUCCUGCCCUUGCUGAGCUGCUGCAGUUUUGCACUGUGAACUUCAGUGGAUUUCUCUGCAGAGAUAUCACCAUGCUGGGAACAUCACAGUCCAUGCUAGUUGAAUAAAGUGUGGGGCUCACAGCCCUCACAGCUGAGCAGUCCACGUGGCACAAGGAAGCUGGGGCACAGCUGAUGCUACUCCUCCCCUUGCCAAGCUGGAGAAGAGCUGCAGCUGGAGCAUGCGCCAGAAACUGUUGCGGCGGAAGACCACACCAGGAAAAUGGACCCUGAACUGCUGAACAUCCCACUUGCAGUCAAGAUCCCUGUUGCACCUGGAUCCAAGCCUGUCUUCUGCAGGGGAAAGCUGGGUGAAAAGCUCCACUGGCUGUUUCCUUAUUUCACUCUGGAUGAUCCCUACAGCCACCACCUCAGCCCAGCAUACAACUGCCUGCAUGACCCUGCCCUUCAGGACUACCACAAGCGCAAGGAUGUGCUGCAGUUGCUGAAGAAACAGGGUUUUGUCACCACUGACAACAAGGUGGUUUGCACUCUGAAGGAGUUCAGUGAGUACAGGGAGUACCUGACCAGGAUCAAGUUGAAAUCAGAGAAGAUCUUGGGGCAGCAAGAGGAAGGGCUUCUGCCAUCCUGGGCCAAAUUAAAGGAUGGCCCCAACCUGCCAGGAACCACCAACACUUCCUGCUGGGGCAAGCGGCGGCUGCAGCUUUGUUAUAGAUACAUAUUAUAUUAUUCACUUUUCGUUAAUAUUAAAAUAAAUGUUAUAUGUAUAAGGUUAGAAAAUUUUGUUGUAUUAAUAUAGUUCCUUCUACUUCUGUUAUUGAGGAAACUUAGAAAUAGUGGUGUAAUACAUAUAUAUGUUGAGCUAUGGCACAGUAUUAAAGCAAAAACUACUUUUGUUUGUAUAACCCAAAGACUGAAAAAGAUGGUUAGAGAUCCCCCUGCAUUCUUAGAUUAUCUUAUCCAGAUGAAGAUAGCGGUGACCAGAGCUCUGGGGGAGGAAUUUAUUGCACCUCUGUUAUCAGGGAAUGUGAAACUCGGUGGAGCUAAGAAGAUUGAUCAAUUGGGGAGGGGGCGAGUUGGGACUAAACAAAGAAACAUCUAAAACUUAAGAGGAAUGUUUGAAUUAUGUAUGAGAAUUUAUGAAUAUGUAGUAGGGUGUUGUAGUAUGUUUUUUCAGUUCUGUUACAAUUGUUAGUAUUUCAUCUGUUUGGUAUGUUCCUGGUUCUCCCCUAUUUACUGCUUUGGUUGGUUCCAUUUGUCUGUUAUGUAAACCCCUCCCAGUUUUACUGAAUGUUCCCGGUCAAUCACCUUUACCCUGCCCCAUCUCCCCCGUCCAUCAUCAUAAACUCCACCUCUCCUUCCAGCUCCUUCCAUGUACAUCAUCCCUUCCUUGACAUGUUAUUGGCUGUUAUGUUAUGUUCCCGCCUUCUUUGUAUCCCCAUUGGUCCCUGACAUUGUAACCUCCUCCCCUUACCCCUCCCUCCACGAGCUCCCAUUGGAUCCUGGACUGUGCCCACCCCUGAGAUAAAAUCCAGUGCACAGAGAUGCUCUGGGCUCUCUUCGGUUCUGAUUUGUCCCAGCACAGAUCCUUGUGCUCAUCCCCUCUCCCAAAUAAACCUGUUCCUGGGAAGUACA